AUGAGUGAUGUUAGUGAAUGCGAAGAAAAGCAGCUGUCCUGCGAAAUAAGGUUAGGAUCAUGCGAGACAUGCAAUAUUAAGGAAGCUAAAUACACGUGCCCCCGAUGCGAGGUUAAAACAUGUGGUUUAGCGUGUCUUAAUAUACACAAACGUGAGCUAAAAUGUGAUGGAAUUCGUGAUCGUACAAAGUACAUUCCUCUAGUAAAAAUGACUAGAAUGGAUCUCAUGAACGAUUAUUACUUCUUGGAAGAAUGUACACAAUUCGUCGAAGCUCGCAAACGCGAUAAUCGAAAGCGGUUUACAUGUUAUAACAAGCAUUUGCCGAAUUCUAUGGUCCGCCUUCGUCAAGCCGCAUUAGCUCGUGGAACAACAUUAAAAUUUCUAUUGCAAAAUUUCACUAAACGACAAAAGAAUACAACACAUCUAGACGCCAAAAGUGCAACUAUCUUUUGGCGAAUCGAAUGGUGCUUCCCGAAUGGGGAUGAAACAAUUGUGUUUACAGAUGAUAAUGUGAGCGAAACUUGCAAGUUAUACGACGUUGUUGAUAAAUAUUUGCAACCUGCUGCAAAAAGUAAAAUUCCAUGUGCGUCGAAGCUCGAAUUCUAUCAAGCCUCGAGCAUCUCUGGAGUUCACUUGCUACUUAAAGCAGAAGGUAUAAAACAGUGCCGUAAUCGAGGUUCGCUGCUUAACAUAAAUGAUUCUCUUCGAGAGUCACUACGAAAUAAAAUUGUGGUAGAGUUUCCCACGAUAUACGUAGUGUUAAAAGAUCAGUUGGCACAAUUCGAUGUUGUAGAUAGUGACGAUGAUAUAGAGGCAGAAAUGCGUCAGUAUAAUAAUUACGAAAAUGAGGAAAACGACACACGACAAGAUCCUUCUGUUAGUCAUACGAGUUUGAUAGAAAACCAAUUCGAUCAAAUGGAAAUCGAUAAAACUAAAGUAGAGAAACGGAAAUAUGAUACACACUCCCAUGAAAAUUCUUCAAAUUUUCUUUUUAGCGAUGAAGGUUUUUUGGCUGAACUAUCCGAUUCUAAUGAAGAAGACACGAUUGGGAAUAAGGGAAAAGCAGAAAGCAUAAUCGUUAAUGCACUGUGCGAUUAUUACUCUUUUGGGAUCAAAGAUUCAUUGACCUCCAAAUAUUAUCAGUCAACGUACAAAGCGGCUUUCCUGCUCACUUUGACAGUUUAA